CUUCGUCGUCUCUUACAGCAGAAAGAUCCUCACGACCGCAGCAACGCACUCCAAGGCCAUCAGUCCCAGCACGAUUCGGCAGUUCUGGCCAUGUGCCGAGCAAACUCGCUCCUCCUUGGCCUUUUAACCCCCAGGAGACUGCCCUGAUACGCUCCGGAUAUAUUCCAGCCUUCAAACCAAAAGUCCCAGCUGCACAGGAAGCUUCUGCGUCGGAAAGAGAUUCCAAGGAAAAGAAAAAGCAGAAUCGAAACAAUCCAUCCAGCAUGGCGGAACCUAGAGCACGUGCUGCAAGGCACAAGGGUCAGAUGAAUUUUGCAUCGGAGCUGCGUCUUCUCCUUCUGGCAUAUGGAGAUCCUAGCCCUCAUCCAUCCUUCCCAUCUGAGCCGCUUCCCGAGACCGUCCGUGUUCUCGAUGAAAUCGUCACCGACUUUGUCCUUGAGAUGUGCCACAAUGCAGCCCAGUAUGCUAGCUACUCCCGUCGCCAGAAGAUCAAGGUCGACGACUUUCGUUUUGCGUUGAGGCGCGACCCGAAUAAACUCGGUCGAGUCCAGGAACUCUUGCGGAUGGAGCGCGAGCUGAAAGAGGCUCGUAAGGCAUUUGAUCAGAAUGACGAUCAGGUCGGAAAUCUGAAGGAUGCGGGCAAGAAGGGACUUGAGGAGCUGGGUGAGGGUGCAGAUGGAGCAGCAGGAAAGAAGAGCAAGGGCAAGGGAAAGCGACCUUCCAGGAGAGAUUCGGAUGCUACAGAGGAUACUGUUUUGAAGAAGAGGAAGCUCUGAGCAGGCAGGGCGGUUUGCUACGAUCUUGUCCGGAUCAAGAUCUUGCCCGUCGACGGUCCUUCUACGUUGCCUAAGAUGAUGGAAAGCUCGGCUGGACUUCUCCAGGAAAGGGGUAUUUCCUCCGCAAAUCUCACGAACAUCUGAGUAUGAUUGUCUCGAAGGAUCAUUGGAAGGAGCUGGGAGUUCCAAAUGUACAUGCUCUUGCUCCGAGCGGGUACCAGUGGUGAAACUUGGUCUAUCAGUAGUCGCACCAGAGAGCUCCCGUCCUGUCUAUCACCUCUUUUCUUGGCUUCUUUCUUACCAUUAUGACGGCUUGGAAGCAGCUCUGAUACUGUCGCCGGCCGUAUGUCGCUCGGGAUGUAUGUAGUGAUCAUCAAGAAAGGGCUUCUCAG